CUUUCCUGUUUUACCCUUACCUCCAUUUUUCAUACUAUUAUUUUAUGAUUUUUUAACAGUAGAGUUUGUUUUAUUAUAUAUAUAUAUAUCCCAUUUUCUGUCAAGUGUUGCCUUUGCUUCCCCAAGAGAGAGAGAGAGAGAGAGAGAGAGAGAGAGAGUUCAAAAAGCUCCAAAAACGUUUUUAAUGGAUGCUACGAUCUAUGCCACCUUCAGUUUCAAAGAAAUCUCAUAGAAAACAAGCCCAAUCCCCAUCCUUCUCUUUUUUCUGGGGUUGCUUGUGUGGAAGGAGUUUAGAAUCUGCCACAUUGCCUAGGGCUUAAAAAAGUUGUUUUCUUUUCUUUUUUUUUUCCUGAGGGUUUCAUGGGUUGAACUCAAAGAAUAAUGUGUAGCUUAAGCGAAGAAGAAGAAGAAUGUUCAUUUUAUGAUGCUUAUGAGCACAUUGCGACAAUGCCUGGUUUAAAUUCUAAUUACAUGGAGAUACCUCAUUCAAAUUUUGGUUUUGAUAAUUGGUCUGAGAGUAGUUCCCAAUAUGAUAUAUGGAUUCAUAGCCCACGAAGUGUUAAGGAAAGGCGUAGUAAAUUCUUGGAUUGGAUGGGAGUGAGUUUAGAUCGAAUUUCGCAUGAGAAUUCAGUAGAUGAACCUCGUUUGGAAGGAGAAAUUGACAGGGUUAGGGAAACCAGUGAUGCUGUUUUGAGAACAUCUGGCUUCGAAGGGGAGUUUUCUUCGAGCCGAUCUUCCAUGUCUUGUUGGUCUAAUGAUAAUUCUGAUUUGUCUGUGGAAUCAAGUUUGCGAGAUAAUUUUGUUUGCAGAGAAGGAAAUGAGGGUUGGGGAGCAGUGUGUGAUGUUGAUAAAAUGGGGCAGGAUGGGAAGACAAGUGAAGGCUGUGAAAUGAGAGCAGAGCAGUUGGUAACAGGCAAGAAGUUCGAGGACCCUUGUGUAUCAUCUCCCUCCUUUCGACAAGUUAGGGACAGGGAAGUUGAGAAGCAGAAUAAGUCAGAGGGAAUAACGAAGAGAGUUAAGAACAGGUGGUUGAGUAAAUUGCGUUCAAUAGCAUGUGUUGUGGAUAGACAGGGUGAAGAUGAUAGACUGAGAGCCAAUAGAGAUGAUUCAGUUUUGGGGACUAAGGUUCAGAGUGUUAAGGUCCAUCAAAGCAGGAAAAGAACAAAGGAACUUUCUGCACUCUAUAAGGGACAAGAUAUCCAGGCCCAUGAAGGUUCAAUUUUGACAAUGAAGUUCAGUCCUGAUGGGCAGUUCCUAGCAAGUGCUGGUGAAGAUGGAGUUGUGCGAGUGUGGCAAGUGGUGGAAGAUCUGAGGUGCAAUGACCUUGACAUUCCAGAAAUAGAUCCUUCCUGCAUAUACUUUACAGUGAAUCAUCUUUCCGAAAUGAAACCCCUCUUUGUGGAUAAGGAAAAAGCAGGCAAUUUAAGGAGCCUUAGAAAAACUUCUGAUUCAGCUUGUGUUAUCUUCCCUCCCAAAGUUUUCCGGCUAUUGGAGAAACCAUUGCAUGAGUUCCUUGGGCACGAUGGUGAGAUCUUGGAUCUCUCAUGGUCAAAGAAAAAUUUUCUGCUGUCUUCCUCAGUUGAUAAAACUGUUCGUAUGUGGCAAGUUGGAUGUCACGAUUGCCUGAGAGUGUUUUCUCAUAGUAAUUAUGUAACCUGUGUUCAGUUUAACCCUGUGGAUGACAAUUACUUCAUUAGCGGUUCAAUAGAUGGAAAAGUGCGUAUUUGGUCAAUUUCUGGCUGCCAGGUUGUUGACUGGACUGAUGUACGAGAUAUAGUUACUGCAGUGUGUUAUCGCCCAGAUGGACAGGGAGGAAUUGUUGGCUCGAUGACAGGCAGUUGUCGCUUUUACAAUAUGUCAGACAAUCAUUUGCAACUGGAUGCUCAUGUAUGCUUAAAUGGGAAAAAGAAGUCACCCUGCAGAAGGAUAACUGGCUUGCAGUUUUUGCCACAAGAUUCUAGCAAAGUAAUGGUUACUUGUGCUGAUUCACAAGUCAGAAUUCUUCAAGGGCUGAAUGUGAUCUGCAAAUACAGGGGAGCACGUAACAAUGGAAAUCAGACAUUCACAUCGUUAACUGCUGAUGGGAAGCAUAUUGUUUCAGCUUGUGAGGAUGCUAAUGUAUAUAUAUGGAAUUUCGUUGAUCAGGAUGAGCCUACUCACUCUCAGGCUAAAGAUAUAAGAUCUUGUGAGCGAUUCUCUGCUAAUGCAUCCAUUGCAAUCCCUUGGUGUGGCCUGAAAUGUGGGAACGCAGAAAAUGGAAGGCAGUUUGAAGUAUUGAAUGAGAAUUUACCCGAUAACCUGCCAUUUUCCUCACCAGCUUAUUUCUCUCUGAGCCAUGAAUACUUUUUGGAGUCUUUUCCCAAGGGAUGUGCGACUUGGCCAGAGGAAACACUUCCUCCAUCCAGUCCAUUGUCUGUGUCAUCUUCAAUGAAUAAAUCCCAGUACAAGUUUCUGAAAACUUCAUGCCAGAGUACAUUUAAUUCUCACGCAUGGGGUCUUGUUAUAGUGACAGCAGGGUUGGAUGGAAGAAUUAGAUCAUUCCUCAAUUAUGGUUUACCAGUACCUGUUUGAAAAAUACUAGUGGCCUAGUAAAGGCAUCAGAGAAUUAGAAAUGGGACAGUUUACAUAUUUGCUGCCUACAUGGAUUGACUUGCUGAGGUUGAUACUAUGUUGAGCUUGAAUAGGUAUGACAGCAUCAACUGCCUUGGCAUGCUCAGGGCUGAAUGCUUGAUAGGCAUGCACUGCUUAGAUAGAUGGUUGAGAAUCUGAGGUUUUCUGCGGGCUCAUCUAAGAUUUCAGAGGUCUGCAACUGAAUUUGGACACAAGUGGUUGCUAUUCUAUGGUUGCAAUGAAAUCUUUCUUGUAAUGAAGGAGUGACCAAGGUUAAUUUUAUGAUUGGUCAUUCUGCCGACCCAGAGAAGAUUAUACAAGUCUUGUUAGGAGAAGGCAAUUGAGAUAUUAUAUGUAUAAUGGAGGCGCCUGUGGCCUGUGGCCUGUGGGGCCUUGUAAACCAGCUUCUUCCUUUUGUUCUCUUAAAUAGGAGUCGGAAUCCAGAGCUGGUGGUCGCAGUUCAUUUGGGAAAAAAAUGGCAGGGGACUUCUCCAUUAUCGUAUAUUGGCUGCUUUGAAUGAUUGAAUCAUUUGUCUGCCAUUUUGGAUCUGCCUCAUGUUAGGGCCAUUCCAAUCUGGUCAUGGAGUUGGAAUUUUCCGGGUCUUAUUUUUCACUGAACAGGCUUCCCUACUGACUAUAGUGCUUGAAUGCAUACCAUUUUUGUUUGCAGAGCACAAUUCCAGUCGACGCAUUCCUUUCACAUCCUGUUUGUUACUAAUCCUUGCAGUUGACAAUUGGCUAACGGUAUUAUUGCUUCGAUGCCAAUAAUCCUUUUUCAGUUUUGCUUGCUAACACAAUUGAUAGAUGUAGUGCUUUGAUUUUUUAUACUAACAUCCAAUAGAGUUAAUUCGAAUGUUUUUUUUUUUUGAAGGCUUAGACUCGUAUAGAAAUGGCUUUAGUUUGGCCCAAAUGUAAUUUUAUUACUGUAAAUAAAUUCAAUCAUUUUGGGUUGGUUUUUCUCCCAAGUAAAUGAGUAUAUAUGCUGUAGCACUCAUUGGACUAAGAACCAUUUUUUGUUUCCCCUUUUAUGAUUUUCGGCUUGUG